UAAGUAGCGACAUCUUCGAAAUUGUUUGAAUUUAUAGGUUAGUUAAGUACUUAUAUGGCAUAUCAAAUAUUGAUGUAAACAUCGAAUGACUAUGGUUUCAAAAUCAUGUUUGUCUCGUGAUUUUUAACGUGUUUAAUUUUAUGUGCCAAUGGCAGUAUUGCAUCGUGCUCUAUUCACGUGGUUUAAUCUUUUAAUUUUUCUGAUUCUACUUGUCUUGAGGCUCGAUCAGAGAAUACAAUGGAAUUGGUUCAUUGUUUUUAUUCCAAUGUGGUUGUAUGAUCACAUACUUUUGGUUUAUAUUGUUUUUAAUAUGAUAUCUCAUUGUAAAAAUGGACGUGUCAUUAAUUUACGCUGGGAAAUAUGGUAUAUGACAGCUGUGUUCAUGAAACUAAGUGCCCAAAUUUUAAUAUGUUUGAAAUUAGAAGCACCACAUUGGUUUUUACCAGCAAAAGUUGUUUUGGCACCAUUUUGGAUUCUUCUUCCAGCAUUGGCAGUUGACGUUUUUGUACAUUUAAUAUAUCAUUAUCGAUAUUAACAAUGGCUAAGUCACAAUUGAUUCGGAAGUAUUACAAUAAGUAUAUGUUAGUCACAAGAUGCCAGUCUAGCAUACUAUAAAUACUCUAUUGCACAAGGAUGAAUAGGACAAAGAUAUAAAUAAGUAACUCUAUACCAGCUUCAUUAUUGAAGCUUUCCUCAUUAGUUCAUAAGACUGUCAUCAUUUGCAAACAGUAAAGUGAUUAUAUUUCUUAAUAUAUUUAUUAAAA